AUAUUUUUAUUUUCCGAAAGAAACCGAUUUAACAGGCAUUUGAAAAUACAUACAGGAGAGAAAAACUAAAAUGUCAAAUAAUGGUGUAUAUGAAAGAUGACAAAAUGAUAAUUUGAUGUUAUACGUACAUGUAUUAUUUCUGUAAUGAGAUGAUGUAUCAGUGCACCGUCUGCGGGAAAUUGCUGUCAGCAGAAUACAAGCUGAAAAGACAUAUGACCAUACACACUGGUGAAAAGAGUUUUACAUGUCAAAUUUGCAAUCAAGUGUUUUCUCAGAAAGGCAAUCUGAAAAGACACAUGGCUGUCCAUACGGGCGAUAAAAAUUAUAGUUGUGAAAUCUGUGACAAAUCGUUUGCCGAUAGAAGCAGCGUAUACAGGCAUUUGAAAAUACAUACUGGUGAGAAAAGCUAUACUUGUAAUCUUUGUGACUAUGAAUGCUCUCGAAAGGAUUCUUUGAAAUCACACUUGGGAACCCACUACAACGAGAAAGUGCAUCCAUGCAGUAUUUGCGGUGAAGUAUUUCAUAUGGUAAACGAUGUGAAGAAGCAUAUGAUUGUACACAGUGGUGAGAAAAAAUUCCAAUGCCAACUAUGUGAUAAAUCAUUCACUCAAAAAACUGGUCUCCAGUAUCACAUUGCAAUACAUACAGGAGAGAAGAGGUAUAGAUGUGAGGUGUGCAGUAAAGAAUUUUAUGCGAGAGGUACUCUAACUAACCACAUGAAAGUACAUACUGGUCGAGUGAGGAACUACAGUUGUAGAAGCUGUGGUAAUUCUUAUACUGCAAAAAGCACUCUUCUGAAACACAUGACAAAACAUACCGGAAACAAGAGCUGAAUGUGUAUAAUUAUGAUAGUAUAACAAAAAACAAAAACCCACUCAGACAAUAUUUACUAGAUAUCAUAAUGGUUUUAAGGAGUUUCUAAGCAGCACAUCUUUAUCAAAAAACUUAAGUUUACAAUCAAAUCAUGAAAGACAUUUUUUAUAGUAUUAUAAAUUUUUGUACAAAUAUUUUAUAAUGUAGGUGUGAAUGUGUUUGUAGUAUGUUAAAUGUGUCAUAAUUUUUCUUUUUAUAUCACAACCAUACAACCCUUUUACUGUAAAAUCAUUAUUAUUCGUGGGGCACGAAUUUUCUUGGUUUUCAUGCAUGCCCACAAAUAUAAAUGAAUUUGCAGUACUUAGGCAGUGACAGAAAUGUCUGUUUAAUUUUGACAACUUAUUACUAAAAAAUAUUUGCAAUUACUGUAUAUGUCAAUAUUUAUAAUACU